AUGUAUGCAUGUAUAGAUGCAUCCAAUGUAUUGAUUUGCAACGCUUGUCUCCCCUCAGAGGUGGUAUUUUCAACUGCGCAUAAGGCAAAGGGAUUGGAAUUUGAUACUGUUAAAGUGACGUGUGACUUUUUGACUGAAACCAAUUAUGGCAAUCUACUAGGUUUUGGCGGCAUUCCGGACCGCUUGCAGAUGAAUGCGAAUCAACCAAUGGACGAGUUCAAUCUUCUUUAUGUUGCUUUGACAAGAGCAAAGAAGCGAUUGAAGCUAACUAGCCCUAUUCUCAAGAUGCUUGCCAGAUUAAAUGAGACCUUUUCCUAUCCAGUGUCUACAAAAGCUAUAACCAGAAAUGAGGAGGGUGUACUUGUGAAAUGUCUUCAGUGUUCUGCGGAGAUUGAAUCAAACACCGUGUUAGCUUUUGAACGGUUGAAAAUUGAUCUGGGAUAUUCCACACAGGCUAAUCGACCUGCUGGAUUUUUGUGUUCUGGGUGUGCUGGUGCCGAAAAUGUUGGAUUCUCUUCGUUGGUUUUGCAUUGACAAGCACGAUAACCUGUACCAGAAGAGCCACAACAGAAGCCCAGGGGAAACCCUAAAGAAAUGUUUUAUAGAGUUUAAUAUUUGAAGAAAGAGUCAUCAAUUUAGAAUUUAUAUUUUGCAUGCAUAUCUUCUGAGGACAUGAGACCUCUCAUUUUUACAGUAUUUUUAGAUUAGGAUACCAAAAUCGUGUGCUUAGUUGACAGAAGUAAAAUGUUUUGGGACCAAAUGCAACAGAAGGCUUGCAAUAUCAAAAAUGAAGUGUUGGCAAAAGCAUGCUUCAAAAUAUACCACUAAUUAUAUGAACACACA